GGCACAGCCCAGAGGAGCGGGAAGCAGCCUGGGCGGGCAGCGACAGGUGCAGCAGUGGGCCAGCCCUGCCCUCUGGUUGGCUACCUGUGAGUUCAGCUCUGGGAAGCAAUGACAUAUAUAGCCCAGAAGUUCUGAGCCCCUCUGAACAUUCCCAGCCGCCCGCGGCAGCUUCUUGUUCUCCCUGGAGACACCGGACCCAAGCCUCAAAGGACUUCUACUAACAGGGGGCAAUGCCCCGCUCCAGGAACCCCAGCCCAGGGAAGUCCCGGGACGGCGGUGACUUCCGUGGUCUGAGCCCAAUCGAGACCCAAAGGGGCCCGAAGAAGCCUCCCACAGAUAAAAGAACCCAAUCCUUGGACCGGCAGGUUCUCAAGGACUCUGAGUCCGCGAACUCCAAGUACUCCUCUGGGCCCACCCACAGGAAGGUGCUUCGCAGGACAGCCAGCGAUGAGACCAGAGGUUCCGGGAGCCCCUACCACUUUGCAGAGGCCCAGGAAGCUGUGGCCGCAGCGCCCCCUCUAGGAGAAGAAAGCGAAUUUCUCCCCUGUGAGCAGGGGCCCGUAGAAGGCCCUAAGAAAGAGAGGCCCCCAAAGCAAGCCCAGCAGAGCUGGAUUAGCAUGUUCCUGAAUGUCUUAUUCCUGAGGUUUGAUCUAGAGGAGCCCAGAGAAAAAGCCAGCAAGAAAUCAAAGGGGAAAGGAGAGAUCAAGCUCCCAGAGGCAACGGAGGAGCCAGCCGUCAGGAAGAAAUCCCAGGAGAAGAGGACCAGCCGUAAGAAACCCACGCACAAGAAGCCUGCUCCUGAAGAGCCCUCAGGGCCCCAGAACUCAGAGGCAGAAGGCCACGAAAACUUACUGCCCAGCAGAGCUGCUUCCCACGCCGCUGAGGAGGCUAACCUGGGGCUGAUCUGCAGGGAGACACCAGAUUCUGAAAUCCUUCAGGCCUUGCCCACCGAGGGAGGUCAUGCUGAAUCCUCAGAGAGUUCUGCCCAAGCCGCAGGUCCCCCAUUAGAAGAGGACCCUCAACAGCCUGACCAGGACGAACUCAUCUGGAAGAUCGUGGAGUUGCUCAAGAGAGCAGGGGACCGUCUGGAGGAAGAGGUGAGGUGCUGGCAUCAGAGACCGCCUGCAGGGCUCCUGCAGCUCCGGCAAGCGCAAGUCCCUCAGCCGGAAGUGGCUCCACAAAAGCCGACACCGCCCCCCAGGAAGAAAUCCCAGGAAAAGAAGUCCACCCUGAAGAAAGCUUUGUCCCUCAAGAGGCCUGCCUCCGAGGAACCCAAGAGAGUGGCUGCAGCGGCCCUUGGCCCAGAAACCCGACCCAAGAGGCCCAGCUUCCUACCCCUGUGUCUUAGUGGCCAGCGACUUUCUGCCUCCAGCAACCCCGACUCAGAGGAGCCUGGAUUCCACGAGGUCCAAUCUGUAGACCCCGGAUGCUCACAUCUGUCUGAGUGCCACACCCCAGCUGCAUGUCAAGGACCAGCAGAGAGGCCACCGAGGGACAGAGCCUAUGAAUCCAGAGAAUUCAGGCGGAAGAUCCUGGUCCUAUUAAAAAACGCAGAGGAACAGAAGGGAGAGCAGCAAGCUCAAGUCCAGGAGGCAGAGGAGGCUGGAGAAAACUCCACCCCUGCUCCCAAGGUGAAAUCACACAGGAAGAAGUCGAAUCUCCGGCGGGCCUUUUCCCUCAAGAAACAUGGCUCCAAGGAUCCCAAGAGAACUGAGGCUUCGGGGACUCCCGGUGCCGCCAGCCCAGAGGCCCGGCCACCCAAGAGGCACGGCUUCCUGCCCACGUGUGUCAGUGGCCACAGAGCUUCCAUCUCCGGGGACCCAGAAGACCUGGAGUUCCAGAAGCUGGAGGCUGCAGGAGGGGAACCAGUCGGGUCCCCAGAAGCUCCUUUCCGGUCUAGAAGAGUCACACCAGAUGAGCAGCCUCUACCUGUACCAGAGGGAGCCUCGGAAUCUAGCGGUUCUGUCUUGGUCCGACUUGAGCUCCCAACAACUUGUAAUGACCUCUCCGUGGGUUUCCUGCAUACCUCAGCCCAAACCGGCAACAAGGGGCUGAGGACCCAGCUGAGUGGCUCUCCUGUUGUGGCAGCCCGUAGCUGGCCACCCCAGGAGCAAGUCUCCAUUCCUGACGUUAGGAGCCCCCAGGUUCCCUCAGUGUCAGAGGAGUCCAUCAUCCGUAAGUUGGUGGAAGGUCUCCAAGAGGUGGACGACGACCUAGGAAGGCAGAUCCGGCAGUACCCCAGCUUCAGGGACUUCUUCAAUCAAUUCUCGGAAGCCUCUCUCAGGAAGCUGGUGGCCACCUUAGAGAGACAGAAGGCCCGCCUCGCAGAGGAAGACAGCAGCCUCGUCAACAGACCCCCGCCAUGCGCCUUUGGCUCACUGAACAAGUUUGCCGCCAACCACAGCUGUGCCAUCUGCACCCUCAUGCAAUCCAGAGGUCAAUACCAGGGCCACAGUUAUGCCCACUUCCUGUCCAGGAAGGCCCAGCAGAACAUCAUGAGUCUGGAUGGUCAGAGUCCAGACUGAAGGCCGCAUUUCAUACCCAAGUUCUUCCGGACUAGCCAGAGUCAGCAGCUUUGGCUAGAGACCCAGAAGACCCUGAAGGAUGGCCCGGUUCUGUGCUUCCCAAACACACCUGGAGACGAGCGUGGGCAACGACCCUCUGUGCAGUUGACACUGCCUGAGACUGCUUUUCUUCCUGGAAACUGGCCCCAGAGGCCAUGUUGGGGGUGGGCAGUGGGUUGGGGUUAGGGAAGCAGAUUCCAUCCAUGGAACCUAAGGAGAGGUCGCACCUCUGCACCUCUGCAUUCCACCAUCAUGAAGGAGGCUGACUGCCAGGCAGUGGUGGCGCACGGCUUUAAUGCCAGCACUCGGGAAGCAGAGGCAGGCGGAUCCCUGUGAGUUCGAGGCCAGCCUGGUCUACAGAGCUAGUUCCAAGACAGGCUCCAAAGCAACACAGAGAAACCCUGUCUCAAAAACAAACAACAAACAAAAAACAAAACAAUGAAGGAGGCUGACUGCCACCUGCUAGAAGGAGGCUGACUGCCACCUGCUAGAUCCAGCUUUCAAUGAGUCUUAGCUGGGGCAUGUGUGUGUUGUCUGUGUGUGUGUGUGUGCCUCUCUCUCUCUCUCUGUGUGUGUGUGUGUGUGUGUCUGUCUGUCUGUCUGUCUGUCUGUCUGCCAGUCUGUGUGGGACAGAGCUCAGGUGGAGAGACUUUUUACUGGUGGAAAGUGAAUGGGAAAGGGGAAGGUGAGAGGGGCCUCUGGGGAUAGGAGAGGCAGAGAGAGAGAGAGAGAGAGAGAGAGAGAGAGAGAGAGAGAGAGGAAGAGACCAGAGAUGGGAGGUGGGUAAGGCCCACCUUUUAAAAGCGGACCUAGCCAGUGUGCACAGUGGGUGGUGUUCUUAGUGGCUGCAGCUGAGGAUCCUUCCUAUCAGGACCUCAAGGGCAGCCAGUGCAGAUGCCUGCAUGCUAACACCCAGAGACCUGCCUGCCUGUAUGUCUCUGUGUGUGUGUUUAUCUGUCUGUCUGCCUGUCUGUUUCUGUGUA